AUCUACAGACAGACACCAGUCUCUCGUAAAGAGCAGACGGUCUCACUUUUAUCACACAGACAUCACGCACCUCAGCAUUUAUUCUUCACAUUAGUAUUCUAGGAGCGAAAGGAUUCGGAUCUUCCGGUUUAUUUUCAUUGGAUAUUUAUUUCUAAAUAAUUUACCGCAACGCUACCAAAGGGCAGGCUGCAGAGAAUGUCGUCUGGAGAUUAUUUAAAUAUUUUUUACUGUCCUAUUUUAUUUUUUUUGCACUGCGAUUGUUUUGUGAGCCAGAUUCUGAAUGCUAAUCUCUCCACGGAAAUUAAUUUGCGUAAAAUCCGCUGAUCAGAACUGCGACUGCGCACAUCAUCACACACCAUCCUCAUCUUCAUCAUCUUCAUCCUGCAGAGGACACCUGCAGAUAUCAGCUGUCAUCUGUCGGUCAGGUGAGUUCCAGCAGGUGUGCAGUGAACAACAUCUGCUGCAGACGAGAAAGAUACCUGACAUUUCCGCGGCUGAAGGAUGGAGCAGCUCAGUCAGUGGCUCUGGAAGCAGGAAUACUGGCUUCCUCCGGGAAUCCGCUGGGAGGAUCUGGAGAAGAUGGAGGGCUCUCGGCGUCCUCUCCCGCGGGAUCUGCUCCUGGCUCUGCCUCUAGCUCUGGGAUUCAUCAUGCUUCGUUACGCUUUUGAGAGACGUGUGGCAUUUCCUCUCAGCAGAGUUUUAGGAGUGAAAGAUCAAGUUCGGUUGAAAGUCGCUCCUGCCCCAAAUUUAGAGGCAUUUUACACUAAAAACAGCAGACAGCCGACACAGAGUGAGAUCUCCAGCCUGGUUAACCAGUGCAACCUGACUCACAGACAAGUGGAGACCUGGUUCCGUAACCGCAGAAACCUGGACCGACCCAGCAACAGUAAGAAGUUUUGCGAGGCCAGCUGGAGGUUUGUGUUCUACCUGCUUGCUUUCACCGCGGGAUUGGCGUCUUUAAUUAACACGCCCUGGUUCUGGGAUCAGAGAGAGUGCUGGAGAGGAUUUCCUCGACAGCCGGUUCAGGACGCUCAUUACUGGUACUACAUGCUUGAGCUUGGCUUCUACUGGUCUCUGCUGCUCUGUGUGUCUGUGGACGUCAAGAGAAAAGAUUUCAAAGAACAGAUCGUCCAUCACUUCGCCACCAUCUUCUUGCUGGGUUUCUCGUACUGCUCCAACUACACUCGGAUCGGGACCCUGGUGAUGCUCGUCCACGACUCCUCUGACUUCCUGCUGGAGUCUGCCAAGAUGUUCAACUACGCCGGCUGGAAGAAAACCUGCGAUUCAUUGUUUGUGAUUUUUGCUGCUGUAUUCCUGGUUACACGCCUGGUUGUGUUUCCCAGCAAGAUCAUCUACACCACUCUGGUUUUGUCUAUGGAAGUGUUUGAGCCGUUUAUGGGGUAUUAUUUCUUUAAUGCGCUGCUGCUGGUGCUGCAGACGCUGCACAUUUACUGGGCUUAUCUCAUCCUCAGAAUGAUCUACAAGUUUCUCUUCUUAGGGAAACUGGACAAGGACGAGCGCAGCGAUGUUGAAAGUGAACCAGAGGAGGAGGAGAAAGAGGAAGAGGAGGAGGAAGAUCGGUCUUCCUGGAGGAAGAGGAAGGUGGUUCUGGACUCCAGGCUGGCGAUGCUGAGCUCCAGCUGUGUCUUAAAUAACUUGACUAAUCAGAAAGCCGACGCGAACAGAAGACUGCCGAAAGCCAGAUAGCAGCGAGCGCUGAGACGUGCUACUCCUUCAUCCACACUGAGCUCAGCAGAAACAAAUACACUGUACUUCAGGAACACACUUGACUCUCAUUCACACCAGUAACCAGCUCAAGCAUCAAGCACUUAUGAGGGAGAGGCAGAUCAAGGAAUUUCCCUUUAUUUAGUCGCACCUCAUAUCACUUCUAACAGAGUAGAAUUGAAUGGAAAUAAAAAGACUUGCUGACGUGUGCAUUUAGUUCAUGACAGAUCAGAUUCAGCAGUGCAAACCCACAUCAGUAAUGUUCAGUCUGUAAUAAAUAGGCUAUAAAUAACUUUCAACUGAAAAUACUGUAUUUAUUGUGCACUUGUAUGAUGAAAAUACUCGGUUUGAAAUGAAUGAUAUGUUUUGUAAAUAUAG